CAGAAAUCGAUUAUGCGCCAACUUUCAUUUCAUCGUUUUCUCCUCCCACUGGAAUUUUUUUCUUUCCCUCUCUAAAAUUUAAUAGCUGCUCCGAUUCCCAGAUAGGUUGGAUAUAUGAUGUUUGCUGGUGGCUAGCAAAAGAGGGGAUAAUUUGAUAAUUGGGUGGUAAGUAUGGAUGAUGCUGUUGAUGCCAACACCAAUCGAGGUGGGUUGGCAAAUGAAAGUGGAGAUUCUGUGGUGACACUAGAUCAAGUUCCAUGCUGGAGUAGUGUCGAGUGUAAAGACUCGAAUGAGAAUGAAGAUCCUGCAUUUUCAAACUCAUCCUUUGCAGACCCGUUGACAUCUAUAGAUGAGGGUGGGGAUUGUUUAAAUGGCAUGCAAUCCAGGUUCCCGGUGAAUCAUGAGGUUAACUCCAAGGUUUAUCUUUGGAGGGGGAACCCUUGUGUUCUUGAGGUGGAUGCUGUAGUCAAUUCAACGAAUGAGAGCUUAGAUGAAUCGCAGAGCAGUCCUGGUUUGCAUGCUGCAGCUGGACCUGUCCUUGCAGAAGAAUGUGCAACACUGGGUGGUUGCCGAACAGGGAUGGCAAAAAUUAGCAAAGGAUAUGACCUUCCUGCUAGGCGGGUCAUACAUACAGUUGGUCCUAAGUAUGCUGUAAAAUAUCAUACUGCUGCAGAGAAUGCUUUAAGUCAUUGCUAUAGGUCUUGCCUGGAACUUCUCAUUGAAAAUGGAUUGCAGAGCAUUGCUAUGAGCUGUAUAUAUACAGAAGCCAAAAUGUAUCCACGAGAACCUGCAGCCCAUGUUGCAAUAAGAACUGUCAGGCGAUUUCUCGAGAAACAGAAGGAUUACGUACAUGCAGUCAUAUUUUGUACCACAGCAUCAUCUGACGCAGAGAUUUAUAAAAGAUUGCUCCCACUUUACUUUCCAAGGGAGAAGAAAGAGGAGGUAUUAGCUACUACAAAACUUCCUUCAGAUGUUGGCGAUGAAAAUGGUGAGACAGUUAUUGAUGAACGCAGAAUAAGAAUUCAGCCUUUGCCUAAUGUGAAGAAGAAGGCAGUUCCAAGAAUUCCUCAAAUCUCUAAUGAGAUGCCAGUCAGUGAUGUUUUGCCAGCACGAAACAGGAACUCAGCAUACUUGUCUUCAUAUCUGGAUCCUGCUUUCAUGUCCUUGAUCAAAGAUCCAGACCAAAGACGCAUGGAGCAGUGGGAGAAAGCUGCUGAUGCACGAAAUGGUUGGGAUUUUGCUAAAAUGCUUGGGUAUGGUGAUCUCAAGGGUCCUCCUUUGUCUGCUGCUGAAGAAUAUUCCCUUCAUUCCAGAUAUCUUGCUAAAGCAAAUUCACUCAAUCUUACCGAGAUUUCAGAAAUGAGAAUAGUCUACCGAGGUGGAGUUGACCAUGAAGGUCGCCCAGUGAUGGUGGUUGUCGGAGCACAUUUUCUGUUAAGGUGUCUUGAUCUAGAACGGUUCGUCUUGUACGUAAUAAAGGAAUUUGAGCCUGUGAUACAGAAGCCUUAUACUAUUGUUUAUUUCCACUCAGCCGCAUCAUUACAGAUGCAACCAGACCUAGGAUGGAUGAAAAGAUUAGAGCAAAUACUCGGGCGGAAGCACCAACAUAAUCUUCACGCAAUAUACGUCCUCCAUCCAACCUUUGGACUAAAAACCGCUAUUUUUGCAAUGCAGCUUUUAAUAGAUAAGGUGUGGAAGAAGGUGAACUAUCUCGAUCGCCUUCUGCAGCUAUUUAGAUACAUUCCUCGCGAACAACUGAGCAUUCCAGAUUUUGUGUUUCAGCAUGAUCUUGAAGUAAAUGGAGAGAAGGGCGUUAUUGUUGAUCCAAGAACAAAAUAUGUUUAUCAGCGGCAAUAGAUCAUCUAAGAAGGCACAUUUCCUUCUGCUUCAGGUUCCUCAUAUGCAGCAGUUCACAACCUUCUCUCUAGUUUUUUUUUUUUGGGGUUCUGUAAGCUAGUGCAGAUAGAAUAUCUCAUUAAAUCUUCCUUUCUUUUGUAUUUGGAUAUUUAAAGAUAAAUAGGAGUAUUCAUUUGUAAUUAGUAGUACUAUUUUAAUUUAGCUCAUAUUUCAUUGUGACUUGA